AUGGCUUUUAAUUUACUGAAGCAAUCCGCAAAUACAGUGAUCAGAAAUGCGGUUGUGCCGUCGACAACGUCGGUUUCAAGAGGACUGUUCACUGGUGCUGUCCAAUUAGCUAAAGAAGACAAAGGAUUAGAACAAGUUUACACCAAAAAAGAGUCACUCUUGUUGGACACUAAUAAUGUCAUUGGAAAGACGUCUAACACGAGUGUUCAGAAUUAUAUUGAGGUCGAUAACAAAGUUGAUUUGAGUUCUGUUACCGGUGUACCCGAAGAACAUGUCAAAACUCGUUUGGUGAAAAUCAGUAAAGCUACCAAAAAUGUUAUGCAAUCCGGUACUGACAACACUCACAAUUGGGUGAUGGAAUUUGACAACAGAGAGCGUUGGGAAAAUCCAUUAAUGGGUUGGACAUCAUCUGGUGAUCCGUUGUCAAACAUGAAAAUUGAGUUUGUUGAACGAACCGAUGCCAUUAAUUUUUGCGAGAAAAAUGGAUGGAAAUGGUACUUAGAAGCAGAGAACAAGACCAGGCCCAUAAGAUCAAAGUCUUAUGCAAAUAACUUUUCAUGGAACAAACGUACAAGAACUUCUACCAAGUAA